UCUCAAUCCCAACUCUUCCCUGUUCCCUCCGCUUAAUUUCACUCUUACGUUCUUCUUCUUCUUGGCAAUCAUGCCUUCUGCUUCUACAACCAUUAUCUCCAAAUGCAUCAUCAUCCCAGAUCAGAAAUCCCCACUUAAAACCCUCAGGCUUUCCGUCUCUGACCUCCCCAUGCUCUCUUGCCACUACAUUCAAAAGGGUGUCUUGUUUACCCUCCCUCCUUACUCCUUCGAUGACCUCAUCGUCUUCCUCAAACACUCUCUUUCUCUUACUCUUUCCCAUUUCCCCGCCCUCGCCGGCCGCCUCAUCACUGAUGAUCUCGGCUACGUCCACAUCCUCUGCAAUGAUGCCGGCGUUGAUUUUGUCCACGCCAGGGCUAAACACCUCCGUAUCAACGCUAUUUACUCCCCUGAACUUCUGGAUGUUCCCAACUGCUUUAAGGAAUUCUUUGUCUACGAUAACACCAUCUCUUAUUCCGGCCACCACAACCCCCUCGUCGCCGUCCAGGUCACGGAGCUCGCCGAUGGGGUGUUCAUAGGAUGCACCGUCAAUCACUCCCUCACUGAUGGGACUUCCUUCUGGCACUUCUUCAAUACCUUCGCUGAGAUCUGUAAGGGCGCGAAGAAGAUAUCGAACUCGCCGGAUUUCACCCGCGACACCGUUUUCGACUCUGCCGCCGUGCUGAGAGUACCCGAAGGUGGCCCAAAGCUGACAUUCGACGCCGACCAGCCUCUCCGGGAGAGAGUUUUCCACUUCAGCAGGGAAGCAAUUCAGAAGCUGAAGCUCAGAGCGAACGCUGGCGUCCGUAACGGUUUCGCGGAUGCCACGGAGGUAAUGGGGAAGCAGGUGAACGACAGUUGGAAAACCGUUAACGGCGUUACUAACGGGCAGAUAAAGGCAGAUAACAACGGCGUACCCGCUAGGACUGGAGAGAUCUCAUCUUUCCAAUCCUUAUCUGCUCAGCUGUGGCGCUCCGUGACACGUGCGAGGAAGCUGGACCCAUCCAAAACGUCGACGUUUCGCAUGGCGGUGAACUGUCGCCACCGUCUGAGGCCCAAGAUGGACGCUUACUACUUCGGCAACGCGAUUCAGAGCAUCCCAACCACCGCUGAAGUCGGCGAGAUUCUCUCUCGCGAUCUGCGAUGGUGUGCGAAUCUUCUUCACGAAAACGUCGUCGCCCACGACGAUGCCAUGGUGCGCCGCGGCAUAAAGGAUUGGGAGAACGCUCCGAGGUUGUUUCCCCUGGGGAACUUCGACGGCGCAUCGAUCACGAUGGGCAGCUCGCCGCGCUUUCCGAUGUACGACAACGAUUUCGGAUGGGGCCGACCGCUGGCGGUGAGAAGUGGGAAGGCGAACAAAUUUGACGGGAAGAUCUCGGCGUUUCCGGGAAGAGAAGGAAACGGGAGUGUUGAUCUGGAAGUGGUUUUGGCGCCGGAGACCAUGGCCGGGCUGGAAAAUGACCCGGAGUUUAUGCAGUACGUAUCGCCGAUCGUGUGAGUUGUGCCGUGAAGUAGGAACAUAAAGAGAAGGAAGCGGGCGAGAGUUGGAAACGACGGGACGGAUGGUGUGUGAGGGCAGUGAGGCCGCCACUAAACGACACAAGAGUUUACCGUCUUUUGAGUGUUGGUCAACGGUCGUGUGGUGGGGUCAAAGUUGUGUAAUUGGCUAGUAAUUUUCUGGAAAAAAGAGAGAGAAGACAGUGCAGCUUUCACUUUCCACGUGACACACAUGGAAUAACAUGACCACCACCACCAAAAAAAAAAAAAAAGCAAAAAAAAGGUGAGAGAGAAGAAUGACUAAGAUUGCAGGUAGGGUGUUUGAAGGUUAUCCUAUUAGUUAACGAGGUAAGUGAUGGAGUGAGUUCUAGUAAUAUAUGAAUUUAAGAAUGUAGUUUGGGAGAGUGGUCAAAGUGUGUAAAAGAGGUGUGCAUGAUGGCUGAUGUAAAAUAGAGAUGAAAUGGUAGGUUAGACGAGACUUGGGAAUUUUAACGUAGUGUGUGUUGUAGCCUUCUAUCAAUAUAUUUAAUCAAAAUCAUUUGAGCUUUUGA